CAAGGUCAGGUGUGACAGAAACAUGGCUGGGUCUUCUUCCCUUCUUCGGGCGGGAAUUAGAAACGUUUUGCUUAUGCAGAUGCGUCGCUCAUCGGAUCAGUUAGGAGAACUGGGAAAAGGUGCCGGAAAGGGCGGUGGAGGAGGUGGCUCAGUGAGAGAGGCAGGAGGAGCCUUUGGCAAGCGUCAGGCUGCUGAGGAGGAAAGAUAUUUUAGGCAAAAAGAGCAGGAACAAAUUGCUUCACUAAGGAAGCACCACGAGGAAGAGAUCCGUCAUCACAAAGGAGAGAUUGAGCGCCUGCAAAAGGAGAUUGAACGGCACAAGUCCAAGAUCAAGAAGCUGAAUGAUGAUUAAAUGUAGUCACUUUAACACUACUUUAUAACCCUUCUCUGUAUUGAAGCACCAUCAUUAAUAACACCACUUGGUUGAUGUUUGUGAGAUACAGUUGGAUAUCUGCUGAUAGCUCCCAAUAAAAUAUAAUUAUCUGUUA